CUUAAAUCAAGUGAUAAUCGCCGCAAGUGUUGAGACAAUUGUCGCAAAGAAUGCCGGAAUCGGAAAACUUUUCGUUUGACCGCAAGUUCUUGAAGCGGUUCCUAAGGAUACUGACCGUAAUCCUGAGGGGAAAGUCAUCUAUGAUUAUACUAUACCUGCUAUUCGUGACCAUACUAUACGAAACUGCGGCCUAUAAUAUAGGUAUGCUAACCGGCACCUACUAUAAGGCGUUGGGGGAAAGGGAUUUGACGGAGUUCUGGCAGCAGACCAUCAAAGCGCUGGUUCUGAUUGCAGUGAUAGCUCUGCUGAAGAGUAUCCGGGAUUACAUCGCGUCGUCGGUGUACUUGGAGUGGCGCCGACAGCUCACCGAUCGGCUACUGUCCCGCUAUAUGCAGGGGUUGGCCUACUAUGAGCUGAACGUAUUGUCGGCGGACAGGCGUCGCGACAAUUUGGACCAACGGCUCACUCAAGACGUGGACGUGUUUUGCCGUAAAUUGUCUACAAUUAUAGCGGAUCUCAUUGUGUGGCCAUUCCUGUUAGCCUUCUAUACAUACCGUUCCGUCGAAGUGGUCGGAUAUAUAGGACCAGUGGGUUGUUUAGUGUUCUUCCUGGUGAGCACCGGCAUCAACAAGUGGUUGAUAUCACUAGUGCUUCAUCAGGUGUACCAUCAACAGCGGGCUGAAGGCUACUACCGGUUCCAACACAUGCGGGUGCGCACCAAUGCCGAGGCAAUAGCUCUGCAGAGGGCCGGUAGCUUUGAAUUGCACCGAACUUUUGGUCUAUUUGGACGACUAUUGGCAAUACAGGAACGCCUUAUUUUGAGGGAAUUGUCGCUCAACGUGUCAGUGAAUUGGUUUGACUACUUGGGAAGUAUUGUGGCCUUUAUUAUACUAUACUUCCCGGUGUUUGGGGGCAAAUGGGACUACAUGUCAGGCCCGCAGUUGUCUCAACUCGUAUCCCAGUCCACGUUUGUCACCAUAUAUUUGAUUAACGUGUUCACCCGGCUUAUAGACACCGCCACCACAUUCACAGACAUUGGCGGCACUGCCCAUAGAAUUGGCGAAGUGCUCGAGUGGUUAGCUGCCAGCACCGGAGGUGUCAGUGGACAGGGAGUGCAUGUGAGACACUCAGAGGACAAUGAGUUAUCAGACGUGUAUAAUAUGGACGAUAGGGAGGAAUCCCGGCCCGCAUUACGACUCAAACAGUACUUUAAGUUCACGAAUGUGUCGAUACGAGUGCCUCAUAGCGAGCGGUGCUUAAUAAGAGGCCUGUCAUUUGCGGUGGACAGGGAGGACAGGCUAUUGAUUGCGGGUGAGAGCGGCUCAGCAAAGACGUCAAUCGUACGGGUGCUGAGAGGGUUGUGGAGAGAGUCGGAGGGUCGAGUGGACAGGUAUUUGCCAUUUGAUGAGCCAAAAGUGGUGUUGUUUUUACCGCAAAAGCCGCUGCUGUUGACUACCGGUUCCCUACUUGAGCAAAUAUCAUACCCACUGCGCACCCACACAGACCCUGAGCACGGGGUGGACGACCAGACACGUGACCUAAUCACGCAUUACAUGAAUUAUCUCGACUUAAACCCUGUAUUGGAAAGGGUUGGCCAUCGGGUAGACAGGGAUAUGGGCCCCGACUGGAACUGGACGGACUGCCUGUCGCCCGGAGAACAGCAGAGGCUUUGUUUUGUCAGACUUUUCUUUCACCACCCGGUGCUGGCAGUGCUCGACGAGUCUACCAGUGCUGUCAGUAUGGGAAUGGAGCGUAAGAUUUACGAGGAGUUACAGCGUCUGGAGAUCGGGUAUGUCUCGUGCGGUCAUCGCCAGAGUCUCUAUGAGUAUCACAAUAGGGUGUUGAGGGUCAGGGAGGCCACGAGUCCACUCAAUUCAGCCGAUAAUGAGUACAGUAUUGAAGAUAUAAAAUAG